AUGUCUAGACAUGAAUUGUCUGUGUCACGAAGAACAUUACCAGAAAGUUGGUACACCCCUUAUCGAUCUACCCUUCUCCCACCUGGCUGCGUUCCGGUGCGGUUCUCAGAUCCAGGCUUUAACACGACAUGGCAGUCUCUCUUCCAGUGCCUGUACGCCCAGUGCGACGGGCCCGACUAUGGUCCCGCCCUCCUUCACAGUAUGCACACCUGCAUCGCCAGCGGCGCCGAGAUACACAUGGAAGCCUCCAAUAGUGCCGAUCCCGAGCUGCUGCGUGCCCGGGAAGUCGAGUACCUCGCCGGCCGCGAGCUCCCCGAAGUGCCAGGCCUCCAACUGCGGCAGGACAGCGCCGGUGGGCAGGGCUUUGGACCGACCACCACGACCACGGCCUGGGUGACAACCACCGGGACGGUCACCGCCGCCGGCAACACGUCUCCGAUGGGCGUGACCCCUUUUCCUGGUGCAAGCGGGCAGGCCGGCAACACCCCAGGCAACGGAAACGGCGGUGUUGGACCGAUCUUGACCAUCACCAACCUCGUCACGGUGACAACCACAGUGAACUCCGGCGGCCUGCUCCCGGCCUUCUCGAUGCCCGAGUUGGGGAGCAGCCACGACGCCGGCGGCGGUCCCAUCAUCACGUCGUUUGUCGGCCCCAACGCCAGCUCCGCGGCGCCCACGCGGCCGUGGAUGGUGACGGCCAGCGAGACGGCCGAGAGGCACCGGCCGUCGUACGUCGGGCUCAUGCUGUGGGCGUCGGCCAUGCUGGCGCUGGACAUCUACGUCAAUGCGUCGUGGGGUUACACGUGA